CGGUGCAGCCGGGCCGGGCGGGAGGCAUGGCGGGGCCCCCGGCCCUACCCCCGCCGGAGACGGCGGCGGCCGCCACCACGGCGGCCGCUGCCUCGUCGUCCGCUGCUUCCCCGCACUACCAAGAGUGGAUCCUGGACACCAUCGACUCGCUGCGCUCGCGCAAGGCGCGGCCGGACCUGGAGCGCAUCUGCCGGAUGGUGCGGCGGCGGCACGGCCCGGAGCCGGAGCGCACGCGCGCCGAGCUCGAGAAACUGAUCCAGCAGCGCGCCGUGCUCCGGGUCAGCUACAAGGGGAGCAUCUCGUACCGCAACGCGGCGCGCGUCCAGCCGCCCCGGCGCGGAGCCACCCCGCCGGCUCCGCCGCGCGCCCCCCGCGGGGGCCCCGCCACUGCCGCGCCGCCGCCCACGCCCGCCCCGCCGCCACCACCCGCGCCCGUCGCCGCCCCCGCCGCCCCGGCCCGGGCGCCCCGCGCGGCCGCCGCGGCCGCCGCCGCCACAGCGCCCCCCUCGCCCGGCCCCGCGCAGCCGGGCCCCCGCGCGCAGCGGGCCGCGCCCCUGGCCGCGCCGCCGCCCGCGCCUGCCGCUCCUCUGGCAGUGGCGCCUCCGACCGGCCCGCGUCGCGCUCCCCCGCCCGCCGUCGCCGCCCGGGAGCCUCCGCUGCCGCCGCCGCCACAGCCGCCGGCGCCGCCACAGCAGCAGCAGCCGCCGCCGCCGCAGCCACAGCAGCCGCCGGAGGGGGGCGCGGCGCGGGCUGGCGGCCCUGCGCGGCCCGUGAGCCUGCGGGAAGUCGUGCGCUACCUCGGGGGCAGCGGCGGUGCCGGCGGCCGCUUGACCCGUGGCCGUGUGCAGGGGCUGUUGGAGGAGGAGGCGGCGCGGGGCCGCCUGGACCGCACCCGCCUUGGAGCGCUCGCGCUGUCCCGCGGGGACAGGCCCGGACGGGCGCCGCCGGCCGCCAGCGCCCGAGCGUCUCGAAGCAAGAGAGGUGGAGAAGAGCGACUGCUUGAGAAGGAAGAAGAAGAGGAUGAUGAAGAAGAUGAAGAUGACGAAGACAAUGUGUCUGAAGGCUCCGAGGUACCUGAGGGCGACCGCCCUGCAGGUGCCCAGCACCACCAGCUUAAUGGCGAACGUGGCCCUCAGAAUGCCAAGGAGAGGGUCAAGGAGUGGACACCCUGUGGACCCCACCAGGGCCAGGAUGAAGGGCGGGGGCCGGCGCCAGGCAGUGGCACCCGGCAGGUCUUCUCCAUGGCAGCCAUGAAUAAGGAAGGGGGAUCAGCCUCUGCUGCCGCUGGGCCAGACUCCCCAUCCCCCGUGCCUUUGCCCCCAGGAAAACCAGCCCUGCCUGGGGCUGACGGGACUCCCUUUGGCUGUCCUACUGGGCGUAAAGAGAAGCCAGCUGACCCUGUAGAGUGGACAGUGAUGGAUGUGGUAGAAUAUUUCACAGAGGCCGGCUUCCCGGAGCAGGCAACGGCUUUCCAAGAACAGGAAAUUGAUGGCAAGUCUCUCCUGCUCAUGCAGCGGACAGAUGUGCUAACCGGUCUGUCCAUCCGCCUUGGCCCAGCGCUGAAAAUCUAUGAGCACCAUAUCAAGGUGCUCCAGCAAGGCCACUUUGAGGAUGAUGACCCUGAUGGCUUUCUAGGCUGAGCGCCCAGUCCUCACCCCUGCCCUGACCCAUUCCAGCCCCAUCUCACCCAAGACCCCCAGAGUCCAGGAGUUGGACCAGGGUCACUCUCAACUCUCAUAAUAGAUUCCAAUGAGAGGGCACUCUCCCCUACUCAUCUCUUCCCUGGGGUGUCCUCAACACACACAUCUGGCCUCCAGCACAUCCCAGAUCUCCGUAAUGGAGGAGUGUGGGGUGGGACAGGGCCUGCUCAUUUCACCCCAGGAGGCCAACCCUGCCCCCAAGCCUAGGACAUUUUGGGGGGGGAAAUGGGGGCCUAAAUCUUCAGUUCAGCCAGAUGUUUCCUAUAUAAAUGAUUUGUUCUGCCUGUUCAUUUUGGUGGGUGGCCUUUCUUCCCUCCCCCACCAACCAGGCCCCUUCUUGGUCUGCCACCAGCCUCCAUCCCCUGGGAACAGCUGGGGUGGGGUCCGUGGGUCUUUCCUACUCCCCUUUCUGUUGGUUGUUGCUCCAGCUGGCUGUAUUGCUUUUUAAUAUUGCACCGA